UCCCUAGAAUUUGAUUUUGAACGGCCUCAACUAACAUCGAAUUGAGGAAUUGGAAAAGGGGAAGGGAAAAGAGAAAAACCGAAUACUGUAGUCAAUUAACGACUGUGCUCAUCUCCCCCCGCAAGAAAAUAAAAAGCUUUCUUAAUCUCCAAGUUCUUCGUAAGGUUGAAUUCUAGCUCCGUAAUUUAAAUCAGAUUUCUCCACGAAAACUUUCACAUCGUGGAGCAACAGCAGAGAAUCCAAAGUGAUUCAGUUCACAGAAGAAGAAGAAGAAGAAGAUGAGAAUCACUGUAAUGACAGCCGACGAACAGAUUCUUUCCUUGGAUGUUGAUCCCAAUGAAUCUGUUGAGAACGUGAAAGCUCUGCUUGAGGUUGAGACCCAAGUACCGCUUCAGCGGCAGCAGCUGCUGUACAAUGGAAAGGAGAUGAAAAAUUUUGAAAAAUUGAGUGCUUUGGGUGUUAAAGACGAAGAUUUGAUUAUGAUGGUAUCAGUUGGCGAUUCUAGUGCUUCUACCAAUAAUUUGAGCUUCAAUCCAGAUGGUUCUGCAGUGAACCCUGAAGCCUUCCAGCAACACAUUAGACGUGAUUCAAAUACAAUGGCUCAACUUUUUCAGAGUGAUCCUGAAUUGGCACAAGCUAUUGUUGGAAACGACCUUAAUAAUCUGCAACAGAUUUUAAGAGCGCGUCAUCGUCAAAGAUCUGUAUUACAGCGUCAACAAGAAGAGGAGAUGGCCCUUCUGUAUGCAGAUCCUUUUGAUGUCGAGGCCCAAAAGAAGAUUGAAGCUGCUAUACGCCAGAAAGGAAUUGAUGAAAAUUGGGCUGCAGCUCUUGAACACAAUCCUGAAGCUUUUGCAAGGGUGGUCAUGUUAUACGUUGACAUGGAAGUUAAUGGUGUUCCAUUAAAGGCAUUUGUUGAUAGUGGAGCUCAAUCAACAAUUAUAUCAAAAAGCUGCGCUGAGAAAUGUGGAUUGUUGAGGCUUUUAGAUCAACGCUACAAGGGUAUUGCUCGUGGAGUAGGCCAAUCAGAGAUCUUAGGUCGAAUCCAUGUAGCUCCAAUCAAGAUUGGUAAUAUAUUCUACCCCUGCUCAUUUCUGGUACUGGAUUCUCCAAAUAUGGACUUCCUAUUUGGUCUGGAUAUGCUACGGAAACACCAGUGUAUUAUUGAUUUGAAGGAGAAUGUUUUGAGAGUUGGUGGAGGAGAGGUCUCUGUACCAUUUUUGCAAGAGAAAGAUAUUCCCGCUUCUCUUUUUGAUGAGGAAAGGCUCUCUAAGGAAGCCUCUAGCUCUGGAGCACCAGUGGCUUCAUCCCCAACAGAUAACAGCAGAAAUGCAAGAGCGGGCCAGCCUACAGCAGGAAAUGUCGGGGGAGCAGCCCAGGGUCUGGAAUUCGAAGCUAAAGUAGCAAAGCUCGUAGAAUUGGGAUUCCAAAGAGAGGCUGUAAUACAAGCUCUCAAACUAUUUGAUGGAAAUGAAGAGCAGGCAGCUGGGUUUCUUUUUGGAUGAGUAAUCUGAAUACAAAAUGUUUGGAGUCCAUUUCUUUUGUGGAUUAUCUGUUUUAGAUUUUUAUCAAUUUAAUCCACAAACAUUCAUCUGCUUGCUAUUCUAAUUUAAAACUUAUAUUCAAACAAUAUUUAUGUUAAACCAAAAACUCAAACAUUCUAAUGUUAUAAUGGAUAGGUUCAAGCUUUCAUGUU